AUGUCUACCGCACGAUUCCAGCACCUCGAGUCAUGGAGACUCUACCUCGAAAGAAACCCAUCCAUCAUCUUGUUCCUAGUCCUGGGGAUCGGGACAUUCGCAUUCGCAUCCGCAUACUAUCGCAAGAUCAAGACCAUCCCAUCCAAACAUGAGUCUUCAUCUGAAGCAGAAACGGGGUACGCACCCAUCGCCCCCCUCCCCAACUUCAACUGGGAAACAACCGAACCACUCGUCUUCCGGCCCUUCAAGCCAAAAUACCACUUGACGAUGGCCCUCUCCACCAUCCCCAUCUCAGACCUAAUCCCCAUGGACAAGACCUACAAAGAGCGGAUGGCGCUGCGCGCGUCUCUACUAAAGGAGUACCCCGACGUCGUGCUCGGCGUGCACGAUGAAGCCGAUCCGCGGAUCCGCCGCGCAGUCGGCGAGUUGUACGGCUUUAUCAUGGGGACGUAUCUUCCCACGCGGUACCCGACGAUGUUUAGCUUGUCGGUGUCGGCUGACCACAGCACAACAUUAGUAAAGAAUAAGGUCACGGGGAAGACGUACCCCGUGGAGAUCGACAUGGACAUGGGCCAGAAGCAAGCGGUCCUCAAAGCCCUAGAGAUCCUGGGCCAGACCGUCGACGAGGAAUUUCUUAUCCUCUUGCCUGAUGCUCGCGGCAAGGACGAAGAUACGUCGGGGGGAGAGGAGAGAUAUUUCCUAGCCGCGUACACCGCAUACUUUCCCUCUGGGUUCGACACGCGCACGAAACUUGGUCUGCGGCUUGCGGCCAUCCAUGACCCGGUCCCGGGGUACAAGGAGAAGCUGGAGCGGAGCAUGGAUCGGUUCUUUGCGCGGGUCGAGGUGGGGAAGGUCGUGGCGAGGGUGAACUGGAGUAUUACGACCAAGACGGGCCUGUUUGCUGCGUUUGGAGGCGUGCAUGGCUCGACGGAGGCGUCGGCGCAGGCUCCUGGAAAGGAGGAGAUUGAGCCGGGGAUGUUGGAUGUGGAUUCGACGGUUCUGCGGUGUGAGCGGCAGACGCUGCAUCGGCUGCCUCGGAGCAAGGCGCUUGUCUUUGCGUUCCAUACGUAUACGUAUCCUCUGCAGACGAUCAAGGACGAAGGUCUGGGCGAGGAGCUGGCGAUGGCGAUUGAUGGCUUGAAGGCGGGCAAUGUGCCCGGGAUGCAUUGGUACAAACGGGGUUCUGUAUGGGGCGAGGCCGUCAAGCACUUUCUACGUAGUUGA